UUGAGGAUUCACUUUUUAAGCCAUAGUCCAUUUCAAAGAGGAUUUUAAAUACACGUUCAUUAAUAAUCCCCUUGUGCAAAACCCACUGUCCAGUUCCAAUCGCAAACCAAAUGCAACAGAAUUUUCUCACUCACAAGUCACAAGCACAAACCCACAUAUGAAUUUGUUAGAAAAAUCUCUAUUCUCAACCCUAAAAUCCAUAGCCACCCAAAACCUUUAUUACAAUCUUCAGCAACAUAGAAGCAUAGUAAAAGUCCGUUUAAAAUGGGUGAAAAACAGAGGUUUAGACCACAUUAUCGAUGUCCAAACAGAUCUUAAAGCAGCUUGUUUACUAAAUGACGCUAUUCUCCGCUCUCCAGUUGGUUAUCUUACUGCUAAGUCACUUAAUGACUCCCAAAAACUACUUGGACUUACAGUUCCUACACUUAGAUUCAUUCGAAGAUACCCAACUCUUUUUGAAGAGUUUCCUCACCCAAAGUACCAAUCUUUGCCUUGUUUUAAGCUUACCCAUAUUGCUAAAAUUCUUCAUGAUCAAGAAUUGAAGGUGUUUGAAGAUAACGAGAGUGAUUUGGUUGAAAGGCUUUCAAAAGUUCUUAUGAUGACUACCAACAAAAUGGUGGCGCUGCAAUCAUUACGUCCUUUGAAAUGGGAUUUAGGAUUGCCUGAUGAUUUUGAUAAGAAAUUAAUUACAAAAUUUCCAGAUCAUUUUAGGAUAGUUAAGGGAACAAAUGGAUUGGCUUGCUUAAAGCUUGUUCAGUGGCCAGAAAAAUAUGCCGUCUCUGAGUUGCAAAAGAUGAAUGAGAAGGGCACAACAGACGAUAGCAGCCCUCCGGGGUAUAGGGAAUUUAAAAGAGGCAAAGCUGCAUUAGAAUUCCCCAUGAGUUUCCCAAGGGGAUAUGGAGCACAGAAGAAGGUCAAGGCGUGGAUGGAUGAGUUUCAGAAGCUGCCUUACAUCUCACCGUAUGAGGAUUCAAGGGGAAUCGACCCCAAUAGUGAUCUUAUGGAAAAGAGAGUAGUUGGGGUUUUACAUGAGUUCUUGAGCUUGACACUAUACAAGAAAACAAAGAGAAAUUACUUGAGGAGCCUGAGAGAGGAAUUAAAUCUUCCACAUAGAUUUACUCGAAUAUUUACUAGGUAUCCAGGAAUAUUUUACCUCUCACUCAAGUGCAAGACAACGACUGUGGCAUUGAGAGAGGGGUACCGUCGUGGGAGACUUGUAAAUCCACAUCCUCUAACACGCCACAGGGAUAAGUUUCAUCAUGUUAUGAGGACUGGGUUAAUUUACCGAAGCAAAGGAGUGGACAUUUUGCCUCAGCUGGACAAUGUGGUUGAUGAAGAAGAGACUGAAUUGACUGAUGAAGAAGAAGAGAUUGAAUUGACUGAUGAAUGCGAUGGAACUUCUGAUGCAGAGACAGGUAGUGAUGAAGACUAGCAUCCCCUUAACAUAGGGAACUUCAGUUCCCGGAAAUAAUACAAAGCUCUUGAGGAGCAACCAUUUUAUGUCACGCUUGGCACCCUAUUAAGUGGAUUAGGAUGCAACAAUAUCCCAUAUUUCCAGAACAGAGUGGAACUGUUUACUAUAAGUGGUAUUCCCUCCGGGAAAAAUUAUAAGAUAUCUACACCUUGUCCUUUGUGGUAUACUAAGAUUAAAAAAAAAGUUUUUCUUUUUUUGAAGUGGUAAGAUAUGCAAAGAUCAAAUUCUCAUGAAUAACUAUACUUUUGAAUUUAGCAUUAUUUUUCUUUUAGACAGUGAUUUUGUUAUGAUGUAGAUUUCUAUUGAUAGAAGUUGGCAGGAUUUGGCAGUUUACCUAGUAUUUUUUUUUUUUGAAAAGAAACUGUUUUCUGGUUUUUAUUUUAAUCUGGACUGAAGAUCAAUGUUGUUCUUUUUGUGCAAUUGAAUUAGAAAUCCGUGUCUUCUCUUUUCGGAAAGGACAACAUGUGCCUUUCUUAGACAAAGAUUAGGCAUGAAGGUUAUAUUGUUACUGACAUCACCCUUGUUCAGGAAUACCAAAUUCUUAAUAUGUUGUGAAAUCUUAUGAUUUAAACAAAAUGUGAUGAGUAAAAGUAGUAUUUUUUCUUAUAAUGGUAUAAAGUCUUUUAUUCAUAAACAGUACCAAAAAUGACAAGAGCUGGGCUUGUCAAGAUUUUGUAACAAAAGACUCUAACAAGUCCAAAGGUCUGACAUAUCAGUAGCAAAAGACCCACUGUCCCAGAACAACAAAUUAUGAAUACAUUUAAGUAUCAUAACAGCUGUCCACUUCCUUGUUCCUUCCUCCCAUCAAAGCAUCUUCUCCCUCUUUCAGCUUAUUGUCAUAAGGGAACUCUGCUGCUUCUUUUGUCUCUUGUCAAUUCUGUGUUUGCCAAAUGUUUUGUAGCCCUCUGAUGCUUGAUGGCAUUACCCAGUGAACUCUAAAGUCUAAAUGCAUAACAUAAAGACCAAAUCUGCCAUAAGAAACUACAAUGCAGUUGCAAAUGAUCCAAUACAUUCUCCCAUAGAAAACACAUGUUGCAUAGUGUUAUCCUCAGUUUUGUAGCCUAUCCUGUGUUGAGCAAGCUCCAUCGGCAACAAGCCACCCAAAGCAAGACAACUUUGGGUUGGAGCUUUUGUCUUCCACACCAUUUUUCAAGUCUAUUCCUUUUCAUAUUCCACUGUACGUUUCUGUCACCUCUCUGAUACAUGAAUUAGAGAAUGCAGAUGGUUGCCGAAACAGAGAAUGCAGAUGGUUAAUGGCCAUGUCAGCUGAAGGGCGCUGCACAUGAUGCUGACAAAAUUUUCUUGGCUGCAAUUGAUAUGUUUGACGCUAUGAUGUCUAGAGGCAACAUAUAUGCACCUGAUGCGAAGGAGAAUAGCAGAGUUCUCAUUUGGACAGCAUUGCAGCACAGAUCUCAACAAGAGAAGGUGAAGUUAUUGCAGCAGGCUCAGAGGUUAUGUGAAGAUGCCCCUUCUGAUAACCUUCAAGUACUGGUAUAGAUAGUCAGAUGAUGAAUGUUAGUGAUCCCUAUUUGAUAAUAUCAAGUCCUUGCAUAAGGCAAGCUUACGCAUGUACCAUUACUCGAGCUACCUUUUUUUUAUAUUACUAAACUGUAAACUACCUGCUCUACUUAGUCAAUUGACUCAAUUCUACUGUGUAUCCUUGUAAUUUACCCCAAUUAAUUGGAAAAGGAAACCCUAUAAAUCAA